UCCAGUAAUUCGCCAGAAUGAUCAACACAAAGGGAAAGAGGAGGGGCACUCGCUACAUGUUCUCUAGGCCUUUUAGAAAACAUGGAGUUGUUCCUUUGGCAACAUACAUGCGAAUCUACAAGAAAGGUGAUAUUGUGGACAUCAAGGAAAUGGGCACUGUUCAAAAAGGGAUGCCCCACAAAUGUUACCACGGCAAAACUGCUGGCAUCGUCGUAAACAAGCAAGUUAAGGGAAAGAUUCUUGCUAAGAGAAUUAAUGUACGUAUUGAGCAUAUUAAGCACUCAAAGAGCCGAGACAGCUUCCUGAAGCGUGUGAAAGAAAAUGAUCAGAAAAAGAAGGAAGCUAAGGAGAAGGGUACUUGGGUUCAGCUGAAGCGCCAGCCUGCCCCGCCCAGAGAAGCACACUUCGUGAGAACCAAUGGAAAGGAGCCUGAGCUGCUGGAGCCCAUUCCUUAUGAGUUCAUGGCAUGAUAAAUGUAAAAACAUAAAAUAAAA